AUGGGCAACAGCCUGAAAGCCAUAGUGGCUUUUGUGCCCUCCGACGAGUGCCAGAAGUACCUCCUGGAAGACCUGGAAGAGAUGCCAGUGGAUAAAAUGGUGGACCUGAGCGGCCACCAGCUGAGGCGGCUGCCUCUGCACAUCUGCUCUUUUCGGGAACUGGUCAAGCUGUACCUGAGCGACAACAACCUGAACCAUCUGCCCCCCGAGCUGGAGCAGCUGCAGAACCUGCAGAUCCUGGCGCUGGACUUCAACAACUUCAAAGCGCUGCCGCUGGUCGUGUGUACGCUGAAGCAGCUGUGCAUCCUCUACGUGGGCAACAACAAGCUCUGCAGCCUGCCCCUCGAGCUCCGGCUCCUCCAGAACCUCAAGACCCUCUGGAUCGAGUCCAACUGCCUGCAGUGCCUGCCCGAGGUGGUGUGCGAGCUCAGCCUGCUCAAGACCCUGCAUGCCGGCUCCAACGCGCUGCGCACACUCCCCGCCCAGCUGCGGUGCCUGCAGGAGCUGCGCACCAUCUGGCUAUCGGGCAACCUGCUCUCCGAGUUCCCCUCCGUGCUCCUGGACAUGCCUUUUCUGGAGGUGAUCGACGUCGACCGCAACUCCAUCCGGUUCUUCCCCAGCCUGGCUCACCUCCCCGGCCUGAAGCUGGUCAUCUACGACCACAACCCCUGCAGGAACGCACCCAAAGUGGCCAAAGGGGUGCGCAGGGUGGGGAGGUGGUCGGAGGAGACCCCCGAACCCCGCAAGCGGUCCGGGGCAGUGAUAGAAAUCUCACUGGAUGAGAAACCGUUGCCACCUGAAAAAGAGCCAGACGCCGAGCCCUGCUGA